CGAAUUAGUAGCUCUGAUGUGAGCGACCCGAUCGAGCACCUCCUCAAUAUAAGACAUACACAAUAAUCAUUGUGGACGAAAUCCCACGAACGGAGAGUGAAGACGUAAAAGUGGGAAGGUGAUCCAAUUGCAUAUUUUCUUUUAAUGCAUCACUCGACUCUUUGAAGGUCAUACUAUGGCAUUCAGGUGAUUGUGCCUCGAUUGAAUUUGGGGGCAUGGCAGCAUAUGCUCUAGAAGUCCUAGUAAAAUGUGGGGUUAACCUCCCGAAUGUGGAAAUAACAGGAAAAAGUGACCCAUAUGUGGUUAUUGAAUACCAAGGACUCAAGAAGGAAACCAAAGUGAUUGAAGACAAUCUGAAUCCAGCAUGGAACGAGACUCUUUCAUUAGACUUACAAGGAAAACCGUUGUCGAGUACAGAUGUGAUGACGGUUACCGUGAAAGACUUCGACAAAGUUACAGCGGACAAAUUCAUGGGAAUGACCGAAGUACCCCUGAGAAAUCUUGUAUCCGGAGCCAAGGAACUACCGAUAAAAGCUUACCUCAAGGAUAAAAAAGGAAAGGAAACGACGGGUUCAAUUGAACUUGUGGUCAGGUACAUUGCUCCUGAAUCCGGUGGAGACGUUGGAGCUGGUACAGUUGUCGAUCAGGGUGGUGGUGAUGGCGGCGGUGGUGGCGCCAGCGGUGGCGAUGGAGGCGGCGAAACUGGAGGGUAUACUGAUUAUGCUGAGACAGCCGCCCAUGUGUCCGGCACCAUAGGAAGUUCCACGGGGACCGUGCGGCGUAGAUCAAAGGAGCCUUACUCCACUAAACCGCAAGACUUCCAGAUUCGUGUGAAGGUUGUCGAAGCACGUCAACUUCAAGGCAACAACAUUCCUCCGGUAUGCAAAAUCAUCUGUGCUGGAAGUCAGAAGGAGACCAAGGUUAAAAGUCAAACGAAUUCCCCAUACUGGGAUGAGACAUUCUACUUCAACUUCUAUGAGGCUGCAGCAACGCUAUUGGAAAAACCCAUUGUAUUUGGCGUGUACCAUUCGAAAAAGAUGCGAAAAGAUGCUCUGAUUGGUUCAUUCAAAUUUGACUUGGGACUGGUCUACGACCAGGACAAGCAUGCCCUACUCAACAAGUGGUUGUUAUUGUGCGAUCCGGAUGAUACAAUGUCUGGAUGCAAAGGCUACUUGAAGGUUUCCGUCGUUAUUGUCGGUCCGGGCGAUGAACCACCGAGUCUGAAAGUGGAAAACGGAGACAAGGAUGACAUCGAAACAAAUUUACUGCGCCCUGCAGGAGUUCAGCUACAACCAGCCAUCUUUAAAAUUCGCAUCUACUCAGCUGAAGAUUUACCUCAAAUGGAUCCGGAUACUCUCAAAGGAAUACGCACGUCAAAGGCUGAAUCGGAGGCCUUCGUGGACCCGUUCGUCAAAGUUUCUUUUGCAGGCAUCACGCAAUCUACAUCAAAGAAGUAUGGAACUGAUCGUCCUGAGUGGAACGAAGAAAUUAUCAUCAACUUCCAGUUCCCGUCAAUGUGUGAUAAGGUUUCACUGACUCUCUAUGACUGGGAUCGCGUUGGUGAUGAUGAUGCCAUAGCAACGGCUCCGAUAUUUCUAUCGCAGGUGUCAGCCUAUCGUGACGAAAGUGAUGGAUUUUUGCCCACGUUUGGACCAAGUUACAUCACUCUUUAUGGAUCACCCAGAGAGUACCAGGAUAUCGAAGACAAAUACAAGAGUCACUCACUUCAACUAACCGAAAGUUCACACGGUUACGUUGAACAAUCAAAACAUUUCCUCCUUCACAUUCCAGGAUUUUUGCCCACGUUUGGACCAAGCUACAUCACUCUUUACGGAUCACCCAGAGAGUACCAGGAUAUAGAAGACAAAUACAAGGGAUUGAAUAAGGGCAAGGGUGAUGGAGCGGCCUAUCGUGGUCGCAUUCUGGUUGAGCUGAAAACUGAGCUACUGGAUGAUCCCAUUCCGGAUCAAGUGCGACCAAUAGAACCAGAUAUAGUAGCACGAACACAGAAAUGCAGCCGUCGACGAAAAUUCCGUCUUCAAACAGCUUUUCUUUCAGCUACGCAAAUGCCGGGAGAAAAGGACGAUCCGGUUGAAUUCGAAGUCAGCGUCGGUAACUACGGUUACAAGUUGGACACCUCAGUACCUCCAUGCCCCUCAAUAACCCCACCUACCAACCCGGUCUAUGAUGGUAUGGCCUAUAGCUUCCUGCCAUGGCAAGGCGAUAAGCCAUGUACCGUGGUCGACCCACAAUUUGAAGACAUCACCUUCCGGCUUUUUGCAGUCAAUAUGUUGCAGCAUAUGGCGGCGAACUUGUCCGAAAAUCUGGUCAAACUUGAAUGGGCAAUACGGGCCAAGGCAGCUCAGGAGCAUCUCGCCAAUCUUGCAAUCUCUGCUCUGGACCAAUUCAUUCUGGAUUGCGGGAAACAACUUCCAUCUUGGGAACCUGAAAAUUCCCCGGUGAACGAAAUGGACAGACACCUGAGAGAACUUCGAAUGGACCAAAUUGCUCGCCUUGGUCAAGACGCAGCUGAAGCCAGGGAAACUUUAGCCUCAAUAGACGAUGCUGUGGCGCUGAUGCAGGAAUACUUGGCCAUAGUUAAACAACUAUCGAUGGAGCCUCAACUAAGUUUUCCGGAUAUCGUGAUUUGGAUGCUAAGCGGAGGAAAACGCAAAGCCUACCACCGGAUUCCCGCCCACGAAGUACUUUACAGCGAAACACCGCACUUUGCCGGACUAAAGUGUUCAAAGACGCAAGUUCUGAAUUUUAAACAACUGCGCCUGUAUGACGAGUCGGAAGACAAAUUCUUCCGCAUCCCCGUUCAAGUGACUGCAAUAUUUUGGUUGGGAUUCGAGAAGAAUCAAGCCGUAUGGAAGGAACAGUUGCACGAGGCAAAACAAAGAGUCGUCGCAGAAACAUAUGAAAACCAGGCAUCAACUUUUGGGAGCUAUUCCAGUAGAAGACCACCACUCACACGGUAUGCAUGGAGUGACAGUGCGGGCAAGAAAGAACUGAAGAAGGAACUCUUCCAUCCUCCUGCCGGUUGGGAUUGGGAUGGGGAUUGGUACGUGGACCCGGAACUCUCUGUGCUCAUCAAACAGGAUGCCGGACAAACCACCUACGUGGAAGAAGUCUUUUGCAACGAAACGAGAACACCAGAAACCGAGUGGCGGCCGGCUAAGCCAUGCUACACGGACGAUAUUGGGAAUGAGCGUGAGGCCCCAGAUCGCAUGGUCUUAGAACCAGGAUGGUCGUGGGAUGGUGAUUGGCAUGUCGACUUGGGACGACUUUGCGACGAGGAUGGAUACGAAUACUCACUAUCACAGACGGAACGAAACUUCCAACCGACGGAGCAUUUGGAACACAUGUUUCGGAGAAGGCGCAUGACCAGAAAGAGAGUUUUUGGUGAAGCAGGCACGCCAGUAAAGGGCGCAGAGAGCAUGUCGACAUCCAAGACAGAAGCCUGGGAGUAUGCGUUCAACUUUGAUUCGAAGUUUCAUCUGAAGGAGAAAGGAACCGAUAUGGUGAGACGGCGUCGGUGGCACCGAAAUCUGAAACAGAAACAACCCAGCAGCAGCACUGAUUUUGUCAUGCAUCUGAGCAUCGACAGCUCGCCAGAGAAGGAAAAUCUGACUGUUCCAAGAAUUUACCUGUCAUUUGAAAGACCACACGAAUGGCAGCUGCGUGCCUACAUCUUUCAGGCGCGAAAUUUGCUGGCCUUAGAUCAGUCUGGAUGGUCAGAUCCCUAUAUAUUCUGUUCGUUCCAAGGGAUGUGUUUACGCACCGAAACCUUACAACAAACCAUCUGUCCCACGUGGGAUCAGACGCUGAUUUUUGAGCGAGUGAGAAUUUACGGUCCGCCCGAAGCAAUACAAAUAUCCCCACCUACGGUUACCCUGGAAUUUUUCGACCAAGAUCAAGUCGGAAAAGAUGAAUAUAUGGGACACUGUGAGGUGCACCCCAUCGUCGUACUCGACGUGAAACAACCAAGGAAAACCAACCUGUUCUGGUAUAAGAUCUUCAAGGGUAGCAAGGAUGGUGGUGAUCUUCUGGCUGCCUUCGAAAUGAUAUUGAUAGAUGGACAGGAAUCACCUGUCCCACCACCUCGUCGUGGAGAUAUCUACAAGGUUCCAGAUGUGAUUCGUCCCAAGCUGAGACGUACUGGCAUUGAAAUCCUGUGCUGGGGAGUUCGUAAUAUGGCCAAGUAUGAGUUAGCCAGCGUCAAUUCACCGUCAGUAGAAUUUGAGAUUGCUGGCGAACAAGUGGAAUCAAAAAAGCUUAAGAGCGCCAAAGACAAUCCGAAUUUCGAUGAUCCCGUCCUAUUCCUGGACGUCAUGCUCCCUGUUGUCGAUCUGUACUCACCACCUUUGAACAUCACCGUGGUUGACCACCGCGCGUUCGGACAAAGACCCAAAGUGGGCAGACACGUGUUGACAUCGUUAAACAGCUACCGUGUGAAUCCACGAACUACUGAAAUCGAUCCGGUACUACUUGUACCUGGUCUUCGAGAACGACUUGAACUCCCAACACCAGAAGUGCCUGAAUACGCGCGGAUGCAGCUGCUUGGAGCCGCACCAGGAGAGCAUGAAGAUGUACAAAAGAAAACUCACAAAAAGCAGUUUCUGGACUUGGAACAAAUCGAUGAUGAAGUUGACUGGUGGUCCAAAUACUACGCUUCUCUAGGCGAAUGGGGCCGGUGUAGAAAUUACAAAGAGCUCGGCUACGAUACACUUCAGGUUUUGAACGGACCCCUGGAGAAAGAAGAAGAGUUCCACGAAUUUAAGGAUUUUUGUGACAACAUGCCCCUGAAAGCGAUAAAGAAAUCCAGCGAGGAUGCUGAUGAUGAAGUUGGAUAUUUCAAAGGAACAUUCCGUAUCUAUGCGCUCCCAGAGGACCCGAAGGCAGAUCUCCCUGUUAGGUACUUCAAAGAUCUGAUGGUCACUCCAAAACCCGAAGACUGUAUAGUGCGUGUCUACAUCAUCAAAGCAACGGACCUUCAACCCAACGAUCCGUCUGGAUUAGCUGAUCCAUAUAUUGAAAUCAAACUUGGUAACAAGAAGGUGCAUUCCAAAGACAAGUAUGUGCCCAACACACUGAACCCGGAAUUCGGCCUAAUGUUCGAGCUAAAGUGUCGCCUUCCGGUCGAGAAGGAUCUUCGCAUUCGAGUUAUGGACUACGAUAUGGUUGGUGCAAAUGAUACAAUCGGGGAGACCUAUAUUGAUCUGGAAAAUCGUCGCCUAACAAAAUACCGCGCAACUUGUGGCAUACCACAAAGCUACUAUAUCGACGGUCCAAACAAAUGGAGAGAUUCUAAAGUUCCUACAGCGCUCCUGAUGGACAUGUGCCGAUCGUAUGGCCUCCCACCUCCGGAAUUCACCGAGACAGACGAAAACAACUCAUCUCCGUCCUGUCGUCUCCGGACCAAAGUGUUCACUUUGGAUCAGUUUGAACAUGGCCUGGUUCCGAAUCCUCAUCGUGGACCUCCAAAAGAACGUCUUGCACUGCAUAUUUUGAAUAUUCUCCCACUUGUGAAGGAACACGUUGAAAGCCGACCGCUAUUUAAUCCAGUACAACCAGAUUUGGAACAGGGGAGACUGCAUAUGUGGGUUGACCUUUUCCCAGUAUCUGAUGGUCCACCUGGCCCGGCGAUUGAUAUUUCGCCACGACAACCGUCACCAUACGUCCUGCGCAUCGUUGUAUGGAAUACAGUGGAGGUGGUCUUGCAGGAGGCAAACUUGUUUGGUGAAAAAAUGUCCGACAUUUUUGUGAAGGGUUGGAUAUCUGGCGUAGACGAACGGCAAAAGACGGAUGUCCAUUAUCGUUCGCUCAACGGAGAGGGUAACUUCAACUGGCGCUUUGUCUUCCCAUUCGAUUAUAUGCCAGCGGAGAACAUGCUUGUGGUGAGACGCAAAGAAAGUUUCUUUUCCCUUGAUGCCACUGAGAGGCGUCUGCCUCCGGUUCUUAUCAUGCAGGUGUGGGACAACGACCUGUUCAAUCCCAAUGAUUUCUUGGGUACGCUUGAACUGAAACUAUCCAACAUGCCGGCUCCUGCGAAAAACGCUAAGCUCUGCACGCUGAACAUGAUGCAGUCGGCUGGAAGCGAUAAUCAAAUGAUCAAUUUGUUUGACUGUCGCAGAACCAAAGGAUUCUGGCCGUUUAUGAAUGACCAAGACGGGACGGCUGUUCUAACCGGGAAAAUCGAAAUGGAGCUGGAAAUUGUCACAAAAGAAGAGGAGGCUUUGCGACCUGCUGGUCGCGCACGUGAUGAGCCAAAUUUAAAUCCGAAGUUGAACCCUCCAAACCGACCUGCAACUUCCUUCCUUUGGAUCACAUCCCCGUGGAAGUCUUUCAAAUACAUCAUUUGGAAAAAUUGCAAAUGGGUUUUCAUUGGAGUCCUCAUUGCCAUCCUGGUUGGCCUUCUUCUAGCUCUGUUCAUUUAUGCAAUACCGCAACUGUUGGCCAGAAAAAUGGUUGGUGUAUAGUUACUCGAACACUUGCGACAAAAUACACCUCCAGUUUCUGACGUACUCGGUUCAUUCUUACCCGGAUUCAACUACUUUCGUAGCAUUACGACGUUUUGGAAACCAAUCGGUACUGCAGCAUUGCAAAAAAAACUUAUAUGUGCUUCGUUUCGUUGUAAACAUAUCUGAAGCUGUAGACGUUUCUUCGUGUUUUCAUUCCGAGCGGCCUAAAUGCUUCAGGCUCUUUAAUAUGUGAUAAUCAUGUGUGCAAAAUGUGAAUCGGCCUUUAUAAUCUGGUGUGAAACGAUUUUACACUGACUAUUUUUAUCUUCUGGAAUUCUAGAAUCAGUCUCGUGCUUUCUCGUGGCAAUAUGUUGUUCUGGCUAGGGAUCUACAAUAUGCAAAAUGUGCGAAUUAUUUGUUUGUUUGUUUAUCUUUCUUUCCUCCAAACGGACGUGUGGUGCCGGCAGUUAUUCGCACAUGUUUGAUAAUUUUGAGCGUUUUCCGGACUGGUUAUUCGCACAUGUUUGAUAAUUUUGAGCAAUAAGUGCGUUUUCCGGACUGUCUGAAAAAAAAUCAGUCAAACUUUCCUUAGUGAGUAUAGAAAUAUCCAACUACAUCGUCAGGUGUUGGAAACUGCAUGCACAUAUACGGGAAAUCAUAUAAAGUGAUUUAUGGCCG